GUUUUGUUUAUCUAAUAUCACUUCUCUGUUUUCCACAAGACUUCGAAGUACAAACUGAUUCCAUCUUUAAUUCUAUCUGUUAAAUACAGCUUAAUAUUAUUUUAUCUUACUAUUGCAGUUGAGUGAGUAAAGAAUGCUUCAUCGUUAUCUGCUGGCGUUUAUCUACGUCAUAUUCUUCAUAUCUAUUCAUCAUAUCAAUGCUAAUGAUGACAACUUUGUAUCCUCCUUUAAAGAAAUGCCCAGCGGACUGUCUCCAGUAUUGAGAAAUCAUAUGAUGAUGAAACGUAAUUACUUAUGGGAUGCACGUUUGGGUAAGCGUUCAAUGAAUACUAUGAAUCGUGAUUCAUUACCAUGCUAUAAAUCUAUGCGUGAUCCAUAUCACAAUGAUGAUAAUUAUUUCCGAGGUUAUCCGGGUCAUGAUGACUGACUGACCGACUGACUGACGGACAAAGAAAAAGCCGAAAAACACAAAGAUCACAUCUCUGAUAGACCUCAACAUUGAAUAUUUUCAGUUUUUAUUUUGAUGUAUUGUAUUUUGUCUUUCUGUUCACAUGGCAACAUGUAAGAACCUAACAAUAUCUAUAGUUUAAACAUAUGAAACCAAUAAUUAUAAUAAUAAUAAUAA